UCGUUAAUUUUUUUCAUUCCGUGUGUGUGUUAUACGAAAGUGACGAAUUAGUUUUUAAUUGACAAAAUUUUUCAAUCUAUGAAAAUUCUUGCAGCAUUUUUGCUAAAUAAAAAACUCGAAAUUUGUUAAAACUAAUAUCGAAGCAAAUUGAGAAAAAAAUUCUUUACAAAACCCUUCAAAAAGUAAACAAAAAUGGCAGAAGGAGGCAAUAGCAAGCGUAUCGUUGUCAACGUUAAAACACCGAAGGAGAAGAAAACAAUCGAGGUGGAUGAAGAUUCUGGAAUUAAGGACUUCAAACAACUUGUGGCGCAGAAAUUCGACUCUGAACCCGAACAGGUGGUACUAAUUUUUGCUGGCAAAAUUAUGAAUGACACUGAUACAUUAAAGACUCACAACAUUAAAGAUGGUCUAACAGUUCAUCUAGUAAUCAAAGCACCUACAAGGGCAGCAGAACCUGCCGCUCGUCCAGCCGCUGAUGUACGUCAAACACCGUUUGGUCUUAACCAAUUAGGUGGAUUGGCUGGAAUGGAAGCAUUGGGCGCAGGCACUGGGUCUUUUAUGGAUUUGCAAGCUCGCAUGCAAAGUGAAUUGUUAAACAACGGUGACAUGUUACGCUCAGUACUUGAUAACCCACUCGUACAACAAAUGAUGAAUAAUCCAGAGAUAAUGCGCACUCUUUUCACCUCGAAUCCGCAAAUGCAGGACUUAAUGCAGCGCAAUCCUGAAAUAUCGCAUAUGCUAAAUAAUCCUGAAUUGCUACGUCAAACUAUGGAGUUAGCACGCAAUCCAUCUAUGUUGCAAGAGUUGAUGCGUUCGCAUGACCGUGCAAUGUCGAAUUUGGAAUCGGUGCCUGGCGGUUACAAUGCGCUUCAACGUAUUUACCGCGAUAUACAAGAGCCAAUGUUGAAUGCAGCAAGCGAUUCUUUUACACGCAAUCCAUUUUCCGGUCUAAUGGACAGUUCUGGCGGCGGCAUAAACCCGCAACAAGGCACUGAGAAUCGUCAACCCCUACCAAAUCCAUGGGGCGGUAGCGGCAAUACUAGUGGUACGGCUGGUAGUGGUGGUGCUGCGUCUGGUGCCAAUCCAGAUUUGCCGCCACGCGGUGUGCUCAACACGCCCGCCAUGCAGAGUCUUAUGCAACAAAUGGCUGAAAAUCCAUCUUUAAUGCAAAAUCUCUUAAAUGCACCUUAUACGCGCUCCAUGAUGGACGCAAUGGCACAGGAUCCCGAUAUGGCUUCACGUCUGCUCAGCACCAGCCCUCUAAUGGCUAAUAAUCCACAACUGCAAGAUCAGGUGCGUCAAAUGAUGCCGCAGUUCCUUAAUCAAAUGCAAAAUCCCGAAGUACAGAAUAUGUUGACUAAUCCCGAAGCACUAAAUGCAAUUAUGCAAAUACAGCAAGGCAUGGAGCAAUUACGUUCGGCGGCGCCCGGACUGGUCGGUUCUUUGGGUAUACCACCACCAGCACCUGGCAAUACAGAAAGUUCCACCGGUACAACAACCUCAACUACAAACACCACGAGCGGCGGUGGCGAUACCAAUCGUCCCGCUACGGCACCCGGUGGCGGACCGAAUGCUCAACUCUUCAACGACUUUGUUUCACGCAUGUUGAACGGCGUGGGCAUGCAGGCUGACAACACGCAGCCACCUGAGGUGCGCUAUCAGUCACAACUGGAGCAACUGGCGGCUAUGGGUUUCGCUAAUCGGGAGGCCAACUUGCAAGCGCUAAUUGCUACUUUUGGCGACAUAAAUGCUGCUGUUGAGCGAUUAUUGUCACUAAACCAAUUAUCUUUAAGUUAACAUUCUUAAAUUGAAAUUGUUAUUUAAUAAAAACACGAAAUGAACAACAAAAACAAAAUACAACUGCUGUUGCUGCUGCUAACUAGAUGGCCUAGAUACAAACCCCUUCGCUUUACCCUAAACAAAAAUUACUAAGUGAAUUACUAUUGUCCCAGCAAAUAGCGUAUAUGAAACAUGAGAAAUUACAUAAAAAAAAAAUUAUUUUGCUUGGGACUGCGGCUAUAUUUCGUGAAAUUAUAAAAAAAUGUAUACCAAAAGUAAAAGCGACACUAAAGUAAACAUGGAAGGUAUGAAAUAAGAGGGUAUAGAAGAAAAAUAAAUAUUAAAAUAGAAACAG